GCUUAGAAUUACCUACUAGUACCUAUUACCUAACAGUAAUCAGCUGUUUUAGGCUACUAUGCCUACCUAUGAUUAUUUUAUACUGCAUAGCCUACCUAUUAGGUAUACAAGAUGCCUAGACUAUACCUAUGUAGUAGGCUAUCUUCUUACCAGCUCAGCUACAGUAAUUGGGAGAGAACUAUGAUUCAAGAAGAUUAAGGACAGAGUAAAAGGAUAUUGCAUUGUGAAAGAAGUUGCAGACUAAUUGCAGAAUUUCUGUUGCAGUGGUGGAUUACCAAAAAAUUUGAAGUUGAAAUGUCUGUACUAUACAGCUUGUUUUUGUAAAGAACAGUUUCUUUCAUAGUACUUACCUAUUUUAUAUUCAGUGGUGUCAGAAGUAAAUUUUCAAUUUUCUUCAGUACAAUUGAAUGUAAAGUGCGUAGAACUUUUCUGACUGUCAAAUUUUCAUUAAAUCAAUACUACUAUUUUGAAGAUACGUAAUACUGUGAGUGACAUCUUUGUAUUUGAGGUGAAUCUACUGAGGGAUAUAACGUAAUUAAGAGCAUUUAAAAUGUCUUUUCAUCAUAAAGAACACAAUGUUAGUGGUAAAAUAUCAUGUGUGCUGAAAGUGCAGCAACCUUUUAAGAGCCCUAUGAGGGGAUCUGGUACAAAUAAAGAGGAGCUCAAGAGUACACUGGGGACAUCUACACCACCAGUUUUACAUUGCAGAAAAAGCAAGCAUAAUGCUACCUUUUCCCCAAAUCACCCUAUUUUACAAGAAUCUCAAGAGAACAAAGAAUCCGGAAUAGCUAAAAAUGUUGAUGAGAAGGCUUCCCUUAACACUACACCAAGGAAGCAAGUUGGUAAUAGCAGCUGUAGCGGACGACUGUCAAGACUUGGCAAAUUUAGCCCAUGCCAGUUCAGUGUGCCUUUUCGAAGUCCAAUUAGCAAUAACAGCACUGGACAGCAAGUUUUAUCACAAGAAGAAGACCUGGACAAACUUAUUAAACUUGAACGUGAUUUAGAAGAAGAGAUUUCCUCUCUCCAAGAUCUUGGCUUUGAAGUUGAAGAGCUUCAGGGACACAUAAGUAACUUGCAUCGGUAUAAUGAAAUCAAAGAUGCAGCCCAGCUUGUAAUGGGAAGACUUGCAGAAUUAGAGGGUGUGACUGUUAAAGAAAUUCAUGAAAAAUAUGGAGUUACUUGUCUAGAGUAAAAAUACCUGAAUAAAAUCUGUUGUCAAAGUGAAAAGAAUAAAAUUGUAGUAUGCUUCUUGUGAUAUUACAAACUUAUGUAUUUUCUCAUGAAUAAUGUUGCUAACUUUAUUUUUUUGUACUUGCCCUGUCAUUACAGAGCAUAAUUGUAUGGGAAGUUAAUGUACCAAUGAUAAACAUGAAUAAACAAUUUUGGAGCAUAUAUGGAAAUUAAAACAUAUUGUACAAUA